GAAUUCAAUGCUUCAACUGCAGAAAUGUUUAUUCAUAAAUGUGUACCUUUACCUCGUCUGGGUACCGGUGGUGGGAUUCUUCCUUUAUGUUAAGUUGGAUUUACUGGGACAUCUGACUAGAUACUUAUCUUUAACGGUUUACACACUGCUGGUUGUUAUAGAAUUUGCAAGAUUAUAUCUAGGCCAGUAUGGGAACCUUUCUUGCCGGGUGCCAGAACUGGCUGGCUUUUUGAUGCUGUCGGUACUCAUGCAGUUGCCUCUUGUUAGUUUCUUUCUUUUUAAUCCUUACCUUCUAAGUACUCCAACAGAACUUGUUCUUCAUACAACAUUAUACUUGAUGACUGUAGCUGAAAUUGUUUUUAGUUUCAUCGCUUUGAAAAAGGCAUCAUCAUUAGCAAAAAGUACUUACUUGACACAGCCCAAAUAG